GUACACAAUUUGGGUCCUACUAUACACCAUGAGAGAAUAGAUUCAGGUAUUGUUAGGGUGGAGGUUGUGGAGGUUUUGGAUGCAUCUGCAUUGGUCCCAAUUCCAAGUGAAGAGGUCCAGACAGUUGGACAGGCCCCCAAUCAGUUCAUUCAAUGGCCAAAAAGAUUGGUUGACCCUCACGUAAAGGAGUGGACAAAUGGAAAGGAUAAUGACAACCAUGAUGAGGACAAUGCUUCUGAUGAGAACAAGGGUCCAAUAUAACGUUUAUUGACAAUGACUACUCACCUUGGUCCACAACCGAUAGAGCUAAUCCUGAAAGAAGAAAUAGUUGGGCGGUCUGCUAUAUCUCUUUUUGUUGGCUCUGAGGAGAUAUUAGAGAUAUGUGUGGGGAAUCAAAUGCUAAGUGCAGUGAUUCUACAAGUAUGGAUAAUGCAUUUGCAUGGGAUUUGUGUUCGAAAGGAUACUGCACACCUGUACGCUUUUCUUGACCCACAUACCACUCAAGAUGUGGGGAACAAGCGUGAAGAUAUUCAAACUUAUAUAAUGACUCAACUGAGUGAAGGAAACAAAGAGUGCUACUUACUACCGUACUACUAUCCUAACCAUUGGCAGUUGUUUGUAUUGUGCCCGAGGAAAAACUUAAUGGUGUUCUUAUGCUCUUUGGGGAACAAACCAAAGGCAAACAUAAAGAGUACUCUAGAUUUGGCGAUGCAAGCACAUCAAAUGACAAAAAAUAAAAGGAAUUCCAAGCCGAAAUGGAUUAAGCCAAUGUCUCGAAUGCAAAGAGGAAGUUUUGAAUGUGGAUAUUAUGUUAUGAGACACAUGACUACUAUUAUUUCUGCCAGUGUUGUGGAUUCGUGGAUGGAGAUAUUCAAUGUUCAAGACCCAUUUAGUGAACAAGACAUCAACGAGAUUCGAGAGCGUUGGGCAUUGUUUUUCUGCGAAGCAACUAGCAUUUAGUAUUUAUUUAGUAGAAAUUAAACAUUGUUAGCAUAUUAGAAAGUGAUAUGCAAUUUUUUUGCAACUUGCCAACUCUUGAAUUUUGAUGGUGUAAAAUGAUGUUUAAUUUUUGCUAGUA